GAUACAAAUCGGUUGAAGAUGAGCAAAGCGACCAAGAAGAUGGAGGCCCAGCUGGCCAAGCUCCAGGGCGACGAGUGGGACUCGGACGAAAGCGACCGCGAAGAAGCCCCGGCACCGGUCUCCAAGGCGGCCAAGAAGAAGGCCAACAAGGCCGAGAAGGCCAAGGCGGCGGCCACCACCGAGACGACGACCGACGCGGCGCCGGUUCAAUUCGAGUCGCAGGUCGACUUUGUCGAGCUCUCCAAGAAGACCAAGGCCAACCUCUCGAAGGCCAAGACGCCGGUGCCUGCGGGUGAUUCGGCCGUCAUCUACAUUGGCCGCAUUCCCCACGGCUUUUACGAGAAGCAGAUGAAGGGUUUCUUUGGCCAGUUUGGCGGCAUCAAGCGCCUGCGCGUCUCGCGCAACAAGAAGUCGGGUGCGUCCAAGCACUACGCCUUCAUCGAGUUUGAAGACCCGGAGGUCGCCGGCGUCGUCGCCCACACGAUGGACGGCUACCGCCUCUUUGACCGCGUCCUCGCCUGCGCCGUCGUGCCCACCGAGAAGCUCCACGAGCGCAUGUUCAUUGGCGCCAACCGCAAGUUCCGCCCGCUUCCGUACAAGAACUUGGCGAUCCGUGCGCACAACGCGCCCAAGACGUUCGAGCAGCAGGAAGCCGCGAACGCGCGCCUUGUUGCCAAGGAGGAAGCCAAGCGCGCCAAGCUCGCGGCCAUGGGCGUCGAGUACGACUUUGUGGGCUACGCUGGCGUCGCGCCGGCCAAGGCAAGCCACGUCCAGUUUUAGAUUCUACUAUUCGUUCCAUAUUCCCACAACAUAUUACUAUGAAAUAUUUGAAAUUGAUUUGCA